CAAGACUCACUGAAAUAUAAUAGUAGUGAUUCUUGUCUAGGAAUUAAUAGAUCGACCAGCCAUGGCCUUGAAAUUAGCUCUCUUUGUUUUCCUUAUGAUUUCUGCGGUGGCAGCUCCGCUUGCUGGAGCCCAAUCCGGGCUCAUAAGUGGUCUCCUUGGUCUGAUUCGCAUCAAUGGGACCGUGUUUUGCUCUAUUGAUGCCAAUAUAGGUGCUAAUGGUGCAGUUUUCCCAAAUGCUCUAGUACAACUGCAAUGUGGAGGUGGAAAUGCUGUUUCUAGUACAACAACCAACGGUGCCGGAGUGUUUUCGAUGCUGUUGGAUCCUCUACAGUUUCUUCUCUCCUCGCUGUUGACCGAUUGCAAUCUGGUGGUUAACACACCCCUCUCCACCUGCAACGCCAAGCUUCCUGCUCUCGGGGUCUUGAGGUCGCCCUUGCAGCUCAUAGGGAACACCAUUCUCGGCGGCCUCCUUCGUGUCGCCAACGUUGUUCCAACUGGCUUCCUAUUCGCUCCCACAACUUGAUCAUCAUCAGCAGUAAUUAAUACAAGGAUAUAAUUAAGCUUAUACAUGAAUAAGGUCCAUUGUAUUAAUGACUAGCUAGCAUAUAUAUAUAUAUAUAUAUAUAUAUAGAUAUAUAGUAUUUUCCUUAAUUUCCAAGUAGCAGUCCUAAGAAUU